GCCAUUUAUAAGCCGCAAACCAUUUGGAGCUUUUCCACUUAAAAUCCUGUGUCCUCCACCCGUCAUUAAACACCAACCUGCGAGUCUGCCCCAAAGAAAAAAAUCAGAGCAAACCUGCGUCGGAACGUCACUCCCAUUACAUAUCCUCCACCCGCAACUCCUCUGCUAGUUUUGUACACCAUGUCCCUUGACAUCGCUUUUGUGAAAUGAUCCGCCAAAUUUACAUGUGAUCGUACAAAAUCAAUCACAACAACUCCAGAACUUAUAAGUUCCCGCACAUAGCUAUGUCUCACUCCUAUGUGCCUUGACUUAGCAUUGUACACAUGGUUAUAAGCUUUUGACAGAGUUGAUGCACUAUCACAAUGGAUUGACAUCGGAGCUAUGGGUUGGGCCAUAUCGGUACUUCUGACACUAAAUCCUUAAGUCAUUCCGCUUCUUUACAAGCCGAUGCUAAAGCUAUAAACUCCGAAGUCAUGGUAGAGUCCGUGAUACAAGUUUGUUUCUUAUAUGCCCAUGAUAUAGCACCUCUUCCAAGAAGGAAUAACCAUCCACUUGUGGAUGAAUAAUCCUCUUGAUCAGUUAUCCAACUUGCAUCUGUAUAACCUUCUAAUAUAGAGGGUUCACUCUUGUAACAUAAGCCGAAGCUCAUUGUUUUCUUUAGAUAUUUCAGCCCUCGCCUCAAGGCUUGCCAAUGAAAUAUACUAGGAUUACUAGUAUAUCUACUUAGCUUUCCUACCGCAAAUGCAAUAUCUGGCCGAGUGCUAGUCAUUGCAUACAUCAAACACCCAAUCACUCUAGCAUAUUCAAGCUGUGAUACAAUGUUCCCACUAUUUGGAACUAAUUUCCAACUAGGAUGCAUGGGAGUGGAAACCGGUGAACAAUCCAAACUCCCAAAUCUUUUCAACAUUUUCUCUAUAUAGUGAGAUUGUGUUAAGGUGAUAGUAUCACCUUGCUUAAUUAUCCUAAUUCCAAGGAUAACUUCCGCUUCACCCAUAUCUUUCAUGGAGAAGUUUGAACAGAGGAAAGCUUUUGUUUCUUUUACUUUCCUCCAAUCAGUGCCAAAUAUGAGCAUUUCAUCCACGUAUAAACAAAUAACGACACCGUUAUCAUGCUCAUUAAAUUUGCUAUAUACGCACUUGUCUGAUUGAUUUAUUUUAAAACCAUUUUUCAGCACCACCUCAUCAAACCUUUGAUGCCAUUGUUUAGGUGCUUGUUUCAGACCAUACAAACUUUCUUUUCUUGUCCUGUAACAACAAACCCUUCGGGUUGUUUCAUAUACACCUCCUCCUCCAAUUCACCAUUUAAGAAUGCAGUAUUGACAUUCAUUUGGUGAAUUACAAGAUUGUGAAUAGCCAAUAAAGAAAUUAACAAUCUUAUGGUAGUUAUUCUAGCUACCGGUGCAUAUGUGUCAAAGUAAUCAAUACCAUGUUUUUGUUUAAAGCCUUUUGCAACCAAUCAAGUUUUAAACUUGUCAAUGGUACCGUCUACUUUCAUUUUCUUCUUGAAAAUCCAUUUACAACCGAUUGGUGUGCAACCGGGUGGUAUAUCACUUAGAACCCAAGUAUUAUUGCCCAUGAUUGAAUCCAUUUCAUCAUUUACGGCCUCUUUCCAGAAGGAAGCAUCUUGUGAUUUCAUUGCCUCCUAAAAAGAGUUAGGAUCCUCCUCAACAUUAUAACAAUAUAGUGUUUGAGUUUCAAGGGUCUCUCUUGAUCCCUCAACCAAAUAUAAUUGGAAAUCAGGACCAAAUGACUUUUCUUUUCUAGCCCUCUUACUCCGUCUUAUUUCAGGCUCAUUUUCAUGAUCCUUUUGCAGUUCAUGUAAGUGUGAAUUACUUGGACCGGGAUCAACAUCCUUUGGCCUAGGAAUAGAGGUGAACCGCUUCUCAUCAAAAGAGCAUCCCUAGACUCAAUAACAGUGUGAACCGCAAUUGAGUCAUUCGGUUCAAUAACAUAGAAUCGAUAAGAUUUACUAUGUUCAGCAUAUCCAAUAAAUAUGCACUCUACCCCCUUUUCACCCAACGUUUUUUGUUUAGGUUCAGGUAAUCUCACGAUUGCCCUACAACCAGAUACCCUAAGAUAACUUAGUUGGGGUGUUCUUUUGUGCCAAAGUUCAUAUGGGGUAAUCUUAUUUUUCUUGUUAGGCACUCUAUUAAGAAUAUAACAAGCAGUUAACAUUGCAUCACCCCAAAAACCAUUACUUAAGCCCGAAUUAGACAACAUGGAAUUAACCAUUUAUUUCAAAGUUUUAUUCUUUCUUUCAGCAAUGUCGUUUUGUUGCGGCGUGUAAGGGGAUGUGGUUUCAUGGAUUAUUCCAACGGAUUCGAAAUAAUUAGGCUCAUAAUAUUCUCCUCCUUUGUUAGUAACCCGUGAAGUAAACAUGUCCUUAGUAUGAGAAAUGAUCCUGUCCAGCAACUUUCUGUCCGAACAGUGUCCGAAGAUGGUGAUUUGGGGCACUUCCAGGUGGAAUUUUUUUAUGAAAGUUUUUGAGCAUGUUCCUCACCAAGUCUAGUUUGUUCAUACCAAAUUUCAGCUCAAAAUUCGAUUGGGAAGGAAGUCAAAUCAUUUUUUUAAGUUGACUGCGCCAAAAUAUACAUAUAAAAGCGCAGUCAACUUCAAAAAAUGAUUAGAAUGUCUUCCCGAUCGAAUUUUGAGCUGAAAUUUGGUAUGGACAAACCAGACUUGGUGAGAAACAUGCUCAAAAUAUUUCAGCAAAAAAUUCCACCGGGAAGGGCCCCAAAUGGCCAUGUUCGAACGGAGGCUGCUGUCCGAACGUGGGGACCUGAACAUUUCCGUCCUUAGUAUAUCUAUUAAAGUUAGGAUUCCGGGUAAUUAUCUUAUCUCAAUCUCAUGACAACACGCACAUGCUUCUUCCUCAUUAUUUACUCUCACGCUAAACAUGCCAUGCUGCAAAGCCUGCAAAUAACCUUCGCAUUCAAAGGAUGCCAAGCUCCACAGAAACAGUACAACAAUCUCAAAGCAUGAACUCAGGAUCGUAUAAGGAUCCGUACUAUCUCAGCUCAGCGGAUACAUCAAAUCUGAAACUCACAGAUGAAGUAUUCGAACGGAACAACUAUCUGAACUGCUCCAAAGGAGUCAAAAUGGGGUUGAUAUCCAAGAAUAAACUUGGAUUUGUUACUGGAAAAUUGAAGGAGCCGAAGGAAGAUGACGAUACAUAUCAGGACUGGAUGAGAAUUGAUUACACAGUAAUGUGCUAGAUUUUGCACUCGAUGGAUCCAAAAAUUGCGAGAAUGAUGAUGUACGUACAAUCAUCAAAACAGUUAUGGGAAGAAAUCAAAGAAAGAUAUAGCCAAACUAACGCUCCAUACCUGCAUCAGUUGAAGAAAGAUCUCAGCCGCAUUACUCGGGAUGGGAAGACGGUCGCUGAUUACUUUGGUAGACUUAAAAGUGUCUGGGAAGACAUUCUCACACUAGAUGCCUUACCAAUAUGUGAGUGCGAAGCUUCGAAAUCUUGCAAUUGUAAUCUCUUAAAACGUAUUGUUGAAAGAGAAAACAGAAACAAGCUAAUUGAGUUCCUAAUGGGACUAGAUGAUCAAUUUGAACCAACAAGAAGCCAGAUCUUGGGAGUUGAUCCUUUACCUAUUGUCAAUCAACCAUACUUUACAGUUCAGCAAGUGGAAAUGCAUAAAUCUAUUACCGGAUAUCAUGGAGAUGUUUCAGGUGGUAUGGCUAUGGCUGUUAACAAGUUGAGCAGAAUAUCAGAAAAUAACCCUGAUUGGAAGCCUUCAUAUCCAAGGCAGAUUAUCAGAAAAUGAAACUUGAGAAACAAAAUCUGUUAUGCAUAUAUUGCAACAAAAAAGGACAUGUUGUGAAGGACUGUUUUGAGAUCAAAGGAUAUCCAGAUUGGUUCAAAGGAAAGAAUGCUCAAGGAAAUUCUAAACAAAACAAAAGUUUACAGGAAAUGCUUCAAACAUGGAUGAAGGUGCUAGAAGCAGUUCUAUUGAUCAUAAACUAAAAAGAAAAGUAAAUGAAAAUCGACCAGACUUUCCAAACCAAUCUGAUGUUGAAGGACAAUUCUCAACAUUGAAGCAAAUUGAUCCUUAGGUGAUUCAACUCUUUCUAUCUCAGAAGAACAAAAAUAUCCAACAAACUGGAUACUCAGGUCAUGCUAUGGCAUCAUAUACUGAUUGUGAUCUAGCAGGUACAAAACAUAAAUCUUCUGCUGAAUCUAAUAAAUUUGAUAGAAAAAGUAUUAAGUGGAUUAUACACACUGGUGCAACGGAUCAUAUGACUUCUGAAUUUAGCAUUUUGAGAAACAAAACUCAAUUAAGUUCACCUGCUAAAAUUGCUCUUACUGAUGGAUCAAUCAAAUGUGUUGAAAUUAUUGGAGAUGUGCUGAUUUUCGAGAAUCUGAUCCUACACAAUGUUAUGUUUGUACCUGAAUUCAAACAUAAUCUUCUAUCAAUAGGAGAACUGGUCAAGGACACAAAAUUGACUGCAGUUUUCAAUGACUCUGGUUGUUUUAUCCAGGGCCUUUUACCUUAUAAAGAUGUAUGCCUUAAGAGAAAGAAGGAUGGUUUGUUCCAGCUUGAAGACAGUUUACAUUCUGGUUUGUCAGUAUUUGUAGAUACAAAUAAGACAGAUGGUUCAUCUAGCUCACAUGUUGUAAAUAGAGCACGGAAUAAUCAAAUACCAGAUCAUAUCAUGCUGAUACAUCAUAGAUUAGGACACACAUCAUUGUCCAAAUUACAGCGCUUGUUUUUUCUUUCUGAUAUCAAUAAAGUGAAGGAUCUUUCAUGUGAGAUAUGUCUAUUAGCCAAGCAUCAUAAAUUGUCCUUUGAUAGGAGUGAAUCCAUAGCUCAUAGUCCUUUUGAGCUAAUUCAUAUUGAUCUUUGGGGAGCAUAUAAGAUUAAAUCAAUCACUGGGGCAUCAUAUUUCCUAACAAUAUUAGAUGAUUGCACAAGAAAUACUUGGACAUAUCUAGUGAAGGAUAAGACUGAAGUACCACAAAUCAUAUUUGAUUUCAUUGCUUAUGCUGAAACACAGUUUAAGGCAACAAUAAAAUGCAUAAGGAGUGAGAAUGGUACUGAAAUUGUACAAUCUAAUUUUGGAAAGAUGUUUCUACAAAAAGGAAUUGUACAUCAAAGGAGUAUUCCUAGAAAUCUACAACAAAAUGGAAGAGUUGAGAGGAAACACAGACAUUUAUUAGAUACCGCCAGAUCACUAAGACUACAAGCAGGAUUGCCUAAGAAAUUUUGGGGAGAAUGCAUCCUAACUACAACUCAUUUGAUAAAUUUGAUGCCAUCUUCUGAAAUAGAAUUGUCCCUAUCAAGCUCUAUUUCAAAGGCCUCCAAACCAUGAGCACCUUAGGCUGUUUGGUUGCCUUUGUUAUGCAGCAAUGAAAUCUACUGAUAAACUGGAAAGUAGAGCUAUAAAGAGUAUCUUGAUUGGAUAUCCUUUUGCUCAAAAGGGAUAUAAGUUAUAUGAUCUAAAACAUCACAAGAUAUUUGUAAGUAGAGAUGUUAUAUUCAGAGAAAAUAUAUUCCCUCCGGUAGAAAACAAAACUCAGAAUGAUUCUGAACACUCUCUGGAAUUGCAUAUUUCUCAUUUAGGCAAUUCCAUCCCUUUCCAGUCUCAAACAGAAAACAACUUUUCAUAUCACUCAAACCAAUCACAAAUUGGUCAUACUCCACUCAUUAUUGAAUCAGAUAUUCACACUUCCUCUUCUCAGUCAAAUACUCAUAUUCCAUCUCAUCCACAAACCAACUUGCCCCCACAAACCACUUUGCCACAAAAGCAAACAAGAAAGUCAUCCAGAUCAUGAACAAUAUCUCACAAGCUUGAAGGAUAUCUAUGCAAAGAUCUUCCAAAGUCUUUAAUUCCAGAAAACAUGUCAAAGGACACUACUUCUUAUGUAGCAAACAUGAUCACUUCCAUUUCAUCAUACUAUGAUCCUGAUUACAUAUAUAGCAGCUCUCUCACAUGUUCUCAGUGUCUAUGAACCUCUAACCUAUUCUCAAGCAAAGACUGAUCCACACUGGGUGGAAGCUAUGACACAAGAAUUAAAUGCUCUAGAAAAGAAUCACACUUGGGAAUUAACUGAAUUGCCCAAGGAUAAGAAAGCUAUUAGAACCAAAUGGGUUUAUAAGAUCAAGUUUCAACCCAAUGGCACUAUUGAAAGAUAUAAAGCUAGAUUAAUUGCCAAAGGGUAUAACCAAAUCAAAGGCAAAGAUUUCAAACAUACUUUUAGUCCAGUUGCAAAGUUCACCACAGUGAGAGGAUUGAUUGCCUUAGCUGCUGCAAAGGGCUGGUUCCUACAUCAACUGGAUAUAAACAAUGCAUUCCUCCAUGGAUUCAUACAUGAAGAAGUCUAUAUGGAGAGUCCUAAAAGUUAUUGCAAGGCACAACCAAAUCAAGUAUGCAAGCUAAAACGAUCACUAUAUGGACUAAAACAGGCAUCAAGACAAUGGAAUUUUGAACUCACAAAAUUCUUAUUGAAACUUGGUUUCACACCAUCCAAACUUGAUCACUCUCUUUUCAUCAAGGAUGACAAUAGUAAAUUUGUUGCUAUUCUUACCUAUGUUGAUGAUCUACUUGUCACAGGCAACGGUAAAGAACAAAUCACUGAGAUCAAAGAAUCUCUAGACUAGGCAUUUACCAUUAAAGAUCUAAGAUCUUUAAGGUAUUUUCUAGGCAUUGAAGUGGCUAGAAACAACCAAGGGAUCAUAAUGAACCAGAGAAAAUACAUUUUAGAUAUCUUACAAGAUACUAAUAUGUUAGAUUGCAAAGCUGCAAAUUUUCCUAUGCCUACUGGACUGAAACUUUCUGCAGAGGUUGGUGAACUUUAUCCUCGGCCUGAUCAAUAUAGAAGACUUGUUGGAAGACUUCUAUACCUUAAUCUCACCAGACCAAACAUCUCUUAUUCAGUUUAGCAACUGAGCCAGUAUCUCAAUACUCCGAGAAUCAUACAUAUGCAAACAACAUUGCAUUUGGUCAGAUAUCUUAAAGGAACCAUGCAUUUAGGAUUAUUCUAUCCUGCUCAAUCAUCCAUUGCUCUUACUGCAUAUUGUGAUGCAGACUGGGGAUCCUGUUUAACCAGAAGUAGAUUCUUAUCCGGUUACUGCAUCUUUCUUGGAAAGUCCCUUAUUUCUUGGAAGACCAAUUCAAGAAGCAAAGAACUGUAAGCAAAUCCACAGCAAAGUCGAUCUGAAUAUCGGAGUAUGAGUUAUACAGCUUCAGAAAUGGUUUGGCUUGAGUUACACAGCAAAUCCUAUUCUUACGAAAUUACCAUGAGUGUCUCAAUCUAUGACCUAACUAGUUUUAUUCCCAAAAUAAUAUUUAUAUUACUAAUAUUUAAUUAAUUUCGUAAUUAAUGAAUAAAUAAAUAAAUUUCAUGGACUAAUAUACCCUUUAGAAUAUGUCUAUAAAACCCUAAUCUUCUACUAAUUUCCUCCAACCCUAAACUAGUCUUCAACCGCACACCCUCCUCCCACGACCGUCAGCCGCCGUCGCACGAUCAUCUUCCUCCGCCGUCUAGCCGCGCGGCUGCGUGCUCGUUGCUCAAGUUUCAUGCACGAUGGUUUGUUCGGAGGUUACCGGCAGCCUCACACAUGUGCAGAGAUGGCCGGAGAACCAUGUGCGCUGCCGCUAUCUCAGCCUUUGUGCGCCGCCCCCGCCCCAAGCUCUGUGCGCCACCCCCGCCCCAAGCUCUGUGCGCCGCCCUUCAUCCCCAACCAGCCGCCGCCUUCAAGGUGCCGCCGUUCGUCCCCAACCAGCCACCGCCAUAUAACUGCAUAGCCGCACUCCAACUCGCCGCCUCCAUCUAGACGCAUGACUGUACGUCCGCCUCCAUGGGUGAAAUAGAUCUAGAUGAAUGCUCCAAUUUGAGGCCUCCAUCUUCCGUAGAUGAACAAUCCAAUUAAAAAUAUAAUUAGGUUUGGCUUUUUUGAAAUGUGUGCAGACUGGAUCCACUACACUUGGAUCUGCGGCUAGCUUAAUUAGGCCCACCAUCUCAGUUUUGCUUUUAUGUUUCAAAAUUUUGAGUUUUUAAAAUUAGGGUUUCUGUGCAUUAAAUAUGUGCAGUGAAUAUGAGCAAUGAACAUCAUACUACGUAGUAGAUAUUAUUGAGUAUGACAAUAUAUAUGUUGUACAUGGCAGUGAAUGAAUGCAUUAAAGAAGUUUAUUAUGCAGUGAUUAUGACCGGUAAUGCAGUAACAUAGAGUAAUAAUUUCGUCAUGAAACACAAUAUUUACUUAAUGAGACGUAAAAUAAUAAAAUUUUUAAAUCUAAAAAAUAAAAAAUAAAAACUAUAAAUACUUUCCUAAAGUAAAUCAGAAAAGAAUUAAUUUUGGCGGAAGUGCAUUGAUUAUUACCGGGCGUGCAGUAAAGUCGUGCAUUAAUGUUGUGCAUUAAUGGUAAUAUAAAGUGCAGUAAUUUUAAUUGGGCAAAAUUAGUUCAAAAUGCACAUAUUUUAAAUAAGAGUAUUUUCGUCAUUCAACCUUUAACAAUAAACGAAAUUUCUUUUAUUUUUUAUUUUUAGUCAUACAAAAGUCUAAAAACUAGUUAGGUCAUAGAUUGAGAAACUCAUUGAGUUUUAGUCAUAUCCUAGGAAAUUUCCCUUUAAACAAAUAUGCUUUUGCUUUUUUGUUUUUUCAAAAUAACACAUUUUUAUCAAUAUCUAUAAGAUACGGAGUAUAAGCAAUACAAGUUUGUAAGCUUAAAACUCCAAAGAAGUGAAAAAAUAUGAAAUAUAAAUAUGAUUUUCAUCUUAAGUUUUACUAAUUCAUCCAUUGAAAGUAUAAUUGUGACAAAAGUUGAAGUUUGAGUCUUAUUUUAAUAAAAGUGAAAGUAUGGGAUAAAUUUGUGAAUUUGAUGAUAGUUGGGGAUAUAUUUAGCUAAUAAUCCUUUAAAAUUUUAAAAAGAGAGAUUACCCUAAACAGGACUAAAAUUUAAAAAUUUAAAAAGGGAAAUUACCCUAAAAAGUUUGUAUGCUCUGAAAUAGGAUUAUCAUGUUUUGCUUCUCAAAAUAUGACUAAUCACUGUCAUGUUUUGGCAAUAUUAGACUUUAAACAUGGCAAUAUUACUCCUACAUUGAGAAUAAAAACAUGUCAAUCAUAUUUUGGAAUUUUCAAACUUUUUUACUCCUAUUUCGGCAAUCUUCCCAUUUAAUUACAACAAACAAUUUUCUAAUUGGAGGUCGCCUUGAGGAAGCGGUCCAGCCCCGCUGGUCGCCGACUCACUCUCCCUUACGGGAGGUCUCGGGUUCGAAACUCGAUCAAUGGAGUGAGUUUCAGCCUAGAUUACUCCAGGCUCUCCCAACCCCCCUCCCCUAGAUGCCCCUGGAGUUAAAAAAAAAAAAGGUUGCCCUUUCUCUCGCGUAGCCAUGCUGCAUUACAUUGUUUCUGAUUUUCGAUGCCAGUGAAUGGGGGAUAGAUUCUCCACCAGGCAUGCUUUAUGUCCAAUACUAAAAAGGGAAAGUGUAACAAAUUUUUGAAUACAUCUAAAAAAAGGAAAGUUUAACAAACAAAAAAAUACGGAGAAAUUAUUAUUAUUAUUAUUAUUAUUAUUACUAUUACUAUUACUAUUACUAUUACUAUUACUAUUACUAUUACUAUUACUAUUACUAUUACUAUUACUAUUACUAUUACUAUUACUAUUACUAUUACUAUUACUAUUACUAUUACUAUUACUAUUACUAUUACUAUUACUAUUACUAUUACUAUUACUAUUACUAUUACUAUUACUAUUACUAUUACUAUUACUACGUAGUACUACAUAUUAUUUAAACCUACCGCUAAAACACUUGCUUCGUUCCAAGGUGGACUGAUGCUAAAUGAAUUGGGCUUUGAAAAAAGAAUUGAACGAGAGAGUAAUUGUGAAGUAGUGCUCCGUGUCAACAGCCACGUAGACUUACGUGCUCGUUAUUGAGCACGUGACGGGCUCUAUAAAAUUUCUGUUAUACCCACUUUAACCCUUCGCUAUACACUUUUUUGCAAACCUUAUGCCAUAAGAUAGUGGUUGAAGAGUGCAUUUUCAAUUUCUAACUUAGAGCAUCACCAAUGAUAUAUUGUUAACAUUAAUAAUAAUUGCCACAUCGUCGAUGUUAACAUUGCUACUAGCAUUUCCGUCUCCAAUGUAGCAUGUCUAAACUCAAGUUAUGCUGACCUGUAAAAGAAUAACGUAAAUAAUGUUAACAUGAAUGUCUUGUGAUAACAUGAUGACUCAGCAAUAUGGUGGAGAACUACCGUAAGUAGUGGGUUUCAUUUUUUUUUGGUAAAAGUAGUGGGUUUCAUUGCCGAAUAUGUAGGGGUUUAGUGGGUUACUCUUUAUUUUAUUUAUUUAAACUGCAAUAUUGUUCUAUUGCUUAAUUUUCCCAAAAGUUUUAAGUUUCAUUUCGUGAUUUAAUUUUCCGUGAUAUGUUUUAUUUAUGCUAAUGCAGGAUCGAUCUCAUAAGCUACUUUGUUUCAGAGAAACAUCACAUUUUCCACAGCAAGCUUUUGGAGCUCCAAUGAUUCCUUUUGAGUUGCUUGACUGUCAUUCGAAGAGAGGCGUGGAGGAAACUAGAACAUUCUUUCCUACCAGUAAUCCGAUGCUCAUCCAUUUCGAUGAAAUAUACCCAUCGAUCAAAAGUGGAGUUGUGACUAUAGAGAAGGAGCAUUCCACUGAUUCAUAUCGAGGAAUGAAGCAUUUUCGUUCAGGUGAAAGUGAGCUCGUAGAAGAAAAAGGAGAGGGAAGGAGUAGGAAACAAUGUGCAGCUUAUAAGGAUGAGGAUGACUUAUCAGAGAUGUUUGAUAAGGUUUUGCUGUGUACUGAUAUUUCUCCAUUUGGAGCAGGAAAACAACAACAAAAAGGGCGAAGUGGUUGCAAAGGUUCUACAUAUAAACGCGGAUAUGAAUUUGAAUUUGUGAAUGUAGAGUCUCUUCUGCUCAGCUGCGCAAAAUCAAUUGCAGCUGCUAAUUACAAGGUGGCAGUAGAACAACUAAAGACGAUCAGACAGUACUCUUCCCCUACCGGUGAUCCAAACCAAAGGUUGGCACAUGCAUUUGUGGACAGUCUUGAGGCCCGGCUAGCUGGAACUGGGGCUGAACUGUAUCCUUCAUCAUCAUUUCACAAUAAGAUGGUUGUUCCCGAAAUGCAGAAAUCCAACAUUUCAUCAUAUGUGCCAUUUAUGAGGAUGUCAAUCUUCUUCGCAAAUAGAAUGAUUUAUGAAGCAGCGUCAAAAGGAGCAUCACUGCAUGUUAUAGAUUUUGGUAUUCUUCAUGGUAUCCAGUGGCCUACUCUUAUUCGAGAUCUUUCACAAAGACCUGGUGGCCCUCCAAAGCUUCGAAUAACAGGAAUUGAGCUUCCCCAACCCGGUUUUCGUCCAUCACAAAUGGUAUUGGAGACUGGUUCUCGUUUGGCUAAAUACUGCCAUCGCUUCGGAGUACCAUUUGAAUACAACUCUGUAACAUCAAAGAACUGGGAGGCAAUUAAGAUAGAUGACUUGAAGCUUGCGAUGGGUGAGGUGGUUGCUGUUAACUGUACUCUUCGACUCAAACGCUUACUAGACGAGACAGUAUGUGGUGUGGACUGCCCAAGGGAUGGUGUUUUAAACUUAAUCCGAGAAGUAAACCCUCACAUCUUUGUGCAUUCUGUUGUCAGUGCAUCUUAUGGUUCUCCUUUCUUUGUUAAUAGGGUCCGGUCGGCUCUCUCCUACUUCUCUGCUGGCUUUGAUAUGCUUGAAACUAUUUUCCCACGAAGCAAUAGUGAAAGGUUAAAUUUUGAACUAGCAGUUCUUGGGCCUGUCAUAGCAAAUAUUGUAGCAUGUGAGGGCAUGGAAAGGUUAGAGAGGCCUGAAACAUACAUACAAUGGCAAAAUCGCAUUACUAGGGCUGGGUUCAGACAAAUGGUCCUAAAUCCUCAAAUUUUCAAAAAGAUAAGAGACAUGGCGAGGGAAGGAUGUCACAAAGACUUUCUUUUUGCUGAAGAUGGUCAUUGGGUUCUACAGGGGUGGAAAGGUCGGAUUUUGUUUGGCAGCUCCGCCUGGACCACUCACAACCACAAUAUCCUUUAGAAGAUUAUAUAAUAAAAGAUGUCAAUUGUCAAAUACAUGGCAUAAGAUUGCCAAGAUGUCAUAUGCAAUUAUAUAUUUGCAUAAUGUUAUAGCUGCUCUCUCAAGGUCAUAUGCGAUUAAGAUUGCCCAGUCAUAAUAGUGUGAUUUGUAUCUUAGAUCGAUUAAGAAAUUUUUAAUUUUCGCAUGCAAGUAUAUGGAGGGACAAUAUUUUACGUGAAGAAUAAAUGCAGUAAAAAUAAUUAAAACAAACAAAAAG